UUCGAACGAGGAGAAAGGGGCGAUACGAAAAGAAGUGGGCAGGCGGGCCAAUAAGUGGGGAUGAGGCGAGUUGCAGGUGCAGGUGCAGGUUCCAGCCACGCUGCGCGCUGCCCCGUGAUGAACCCUGCUGGCCCUUCCUGGCCGAGACUCCGAGUCCUGUGGGUGCUGUGGUCACUGAUGGCGGUGCUGUUGUCACCGUGGAGGCUGUGGGCUGUCGAGGAUAACCAGGAGUGCACCUGGCAGGUUGUCCUGAACAAGUUCGAGACGAUAGGCAAGAACCAUGGGAGUGACCGCUUCUUUGAGCAAGAACCCCUGGACACAGUGGACAAUUUGUUUGGUCUUCUGGUGGACGCGCCUAUCGACCCGGAGGAGAAAUACCUGGGCUUCCCUUACUACCUGAAGAUCAACUACUCCUGCAAAGGAGAGUCCUCCGAGGCUCUGGUCCGCAAGGGCCACCUGACGGGGCUGAAGCCUGUGGUGCUGGUCAUCUUCCAGUCCCCAGUUAACUUCCAUCGCUGGAAGUUAGAACAGCUGCAGAUCCAGAUGGAGGCAGCCCCUUUCCGCAGCAAAGAGCAGUGCAGUGCAGAGGAGGUGUGUAUCAUGAGCUGGUACACACCCAUGCCCGUCAAGAAUGGCAGUGUGGUCAUGCGUGUGGAUGUCAGCAGCAAUGGCCUUGGGCCCUUCAUCCCCAAUAAAAGGUUUCUGGUGAACAUCAAUGGCUUCUUGAAGAGAAAGCAAGACAACAGACUCCAGUUCACUGUGGGAAAUGAGCUCUUCAAUCUGAUACCCCGGUACUUUGUGAAUGCCCCAUCGAGGCCCCUGUGGUAUACUCUGGACCAGACACCUGUGCUCAUCCUGGGUGGAAUUCCUGAGGAGAAGUCAGUUCUGUUGACUGACACCAGCUUUACGGACUUUUUUCUUGUGGAGUUGAGCAUUGACAGUUGCUGGGUAGGCUCCUUCUACUGCCCCCAGGGUAACUUCACCGCCACCAUCUACGAUGCCAUCGCCACAGAGAGCACGCUUUUUAUUCGGCAGAACCAGCUCGUCUACUAUUUUACAGGCAACUAUACCAUACUCCACGAGAGCAACCAUGGCAGCGAGAGCUGGGUUCGUGUACUGCCCAACGAGUGCAUCAAGAAGCUGUGCCCCGUGCAUUUUCAUGGAAAUGGCUCCGAGUACAUCAUGGCCCUCACCACUGGGAAGCACGAAGGUUAUGUCCACUUUGGGACUAUUACAGAUGGCCUUGUUUCCUUCCAGAUGCUGCCCAGGCAGCAGUCCGUGUGCGAAAGGAUACAAGUCAAUGAUUACCUGUCCAUUCUCUACACCAUCCCGGAAUUCAUUCCUGAUGCUCGAGGCCUGGAGUUCCUGAUGAUCCUAGGGACAGAGUCUUACACCAGCUUCCCGAUGGUGCCCAAGGGCAUGUCCUACAACUCAUUUAAUAAUCUGCUGUUCAUCUGGGGUAACUUCCUCCUGCAGAGUUAUGACACUGAAAACUUCAUCUACCUGGCGAACUUCCCCAAGGAGCUAUCCAUCAAGUACAUGGUCAACUCAUUCCAUGGAGACAUAGCUAUUGUCACUGAGACUGAGGAGAUCUGGUACCUCGUGGAGGGCAGUUAUCACGUGUACAAGUUGUUCCCAUCCAAGGGCUGGAAUGUGUACAUCAGCCUCCAGGUGAUGCAGCAGUCCUCUCUCUAUGCUUCCCAUGAGACCAUGGUCACCCUCUUCUAUGAAGACAGCAAUCUGUACCAGCUGGUGUACCUUGUAAACAACCAGCAGGGCCAGCUCAUCAAGAGGCUUGUGCCUGUGGAGCAACUUCUGAUGCACCAGCAGCUCAGUGACCCCUACUCCUUGCAGCAGCAAAAGAGUCACCUGGAACUCUCCUUCACCAACUUCUGCCCCUUCACGGUGAUGCGCCUGCGGGACCUGCCCGACCAGAAGACCUACACGCGCCAGGAGCUCUACCGGGCGCAGCCGCCGCACAUCCUGGAGCCCUCGGGCUUCCACACCGAGAACUCACUCGCUGUCUAUCAGGGCCUCGUCUACUACCUGCUCUGGCUGCACUCCAAAUACCACAAGCCUUAUGCCGACCCCGUGCACGACUCCACCUGGCGUUGGUGGAAGAACAAGAAACAGGACCAGGACUACUACUACUACCUGGUGAGCAACGGGAAGAGUGCGGGUAACGUGCACAUUGACAUGGCCAACUACAAAAAGGUCUACGACGUCAAGACUGAGUACCAGCUGCCGGAGCGCAUCUUCCUGGAUAAGGGCACCAGCUACAGCUUCUCCAUCUUCCUGACCGCCCGGGGCCACUCGAUCAAGAAUGAGCUGGAGCCAGGCAACCUCUUCCAGCUGCUGAGCCAGGUGGACCUGGGCGUGGUGCUGGCCGACCCCAGCUGCAUUGAGGCGGUGGUGAAGCAGCAGGUCCUUAUUAAACGCAACUCAGUGCUUUUCAGGGUUAUGCUCCGUGAUAAAAGUGUUUGCUUUGACCAGGGCAUUAGUGGCCAUCACCUCAUGAAGACGGCCAUGCUGGUCAAGGUGGUGGGGUCAGCUGGGCACUGCGUCCAGAACACGAUCCAGGGGCUCCGCAUGCAAGGUAACUUGAUGGUGCCAGUGCUUAUAGGCUGUCCACCGGGAAAGCGCCUGGCCUUUGACAUCACCUACACCCUGCAGUACAACAACCUACAGAACAGACACUAUUUUGACUGCGUUCACGUAGACCCCGAGAUGCCCUGCUUCCUCUUCCGUGACAUCUUCCACCCCUUCUUCUUGAUCCAAGAUUUGGUGACGGGAGAGUCUGGCAGUUUUGAGGGCAGCACCUACAGCCUCAUCUGGACCACCAAGAACUCAACAGCUACCAAGGACUUGGCUUUCAACAUCAUGUCCCACAACAUGGGCAUUGAGUGGCUGUGUCUGGAGAACUCUCCAUGCCAUGACACCGUUCCCCAUAGCAUCUUCGCCCCCGAAUUCUUCUUCAAGGUGCUGGUGAGCAAUAGAGGUGUGGACAAGAGCACAUACUGUGACUACCAGCUCACCUUCCUGCUACAUCUACACGGGCUUCCACUCAAUGCCAAGCGAGCCCUCUUCAUCCUCAUGGUGUCGACCAGUGUGUUUCUUGGCCUGGUGAUCCUCUACAUCAUCACCUGCCUCUUGCUGCCCCUUAUGUUGAAGAUGUGCAAUACCCUCCGCUGGAAAAUCAACACCAUCAUCGCAUCAGAUUCCUACUAUUCCUACAGCUCCUCUUCUAUAGCCUUCAGCAGGUCAUCUGAGUCCAAAUCUAGUGUUGGCUCCAAAGUUGGCUCCAAGGUGGCAGUGAACAAGGCUGAACCUGAGGAAGUUGUGAAGAAGUCACUGACCUAG